CUUUCCUUCUCUCUCUCUCUCUCUCUCUCUCUCUCCUCUGGUGGGAUAAGAAAGGAAAGGGUGCCUUCCUAUCUCUGCCUAAAUGCACCGAAGGCAAUAACCCUUUCCUUCUUCUUCUUGACUAAGAAGAAGAAGAAGAAGAAGAAUCUUCUGGGAGAAUUUUGAAGGAGAGAAAGCAGAGAGAGGUCAUGGCCAUGGACACCACUGCUACCAACGGCGGCGUCGAUGGGCUCAAAGAUAAGGAAUCGAUGGUGGACCCCUUCUUGGUUGAGGCUCUCCAGAACCCUCGUCACCGUCUCACCAUUCUACGAAUGGAACUCGAUAUUCAGAGAUUCUUGCACAUGCCUGAUCUGCAGCAAUUUGAGUUCCAACAUUUUCCUACUUCCUACCUUCGACUUGCUGCACAUCGUGUUGCUCAACACUAUGGCCUCCAAACUAUGGUUCAGGAUAUUGGCUCUGAUGGUCAGGGAAAUAGAAUUGUGGUGAGGAAAAUAGGAGAAAGCAGAUACCCUGCUGUGUGUUUAUCUGAAAUGCCUGCAAAUCAGGCAGAAAAGGAUAAACCUGAGAAUGUUAAAAUUGCCAUCAGGCGUAGGCCAAACAGAACAUUUGUAAAUGAAGCUAAUGAUGUAGGGAUCAGACGAAGUCCUGUGAGAAGUGUGGAAGAGAGGAAGGAGGAGUAUGACAGGGCACGGGCUCGCAUCUUUAGUAGCCCUAGCAGUCCUGAUUCAGAUGAUUCAUUUUCUCAGGUCCCAACUGAAGGGAAAAAUAUUUGUUUGAUCAGGGAUGAGAAUGAAGGAUGCAGGAACUCUAUGAUUGAUCAAGAAAAGAAUAUUAGCUUCAAGGAUGCUGGUACUUCAUCUCGAGUUGCCAUUUUCAGAGACAGGGAAAAGGAUCGUACUGACCCAGAUUAUGAUCGCAGUUAUGAGAGGUAUGUUAGGAGCCUUCCAGCUAAUCAAAACUAUAGCUUGGUGCCUUUCAAUAUGCAAAAGGUACAACCUCCAUUUCUGCAGUAUGAUACUGGUUUUUCUCAGUUGGGUCAGAUGCCUAGGACGCUCAGCUACAGGCCUCCUUCGAGCCCUACUAUGAGCCCUUUUUGUGCCAUGGGAUUGAAUCAGACGUCUACCGAUGCUGGAUACAUGCAGUGGCCAAGUGCUGCAAUGAUGUAUGCACAUUCAUAUGAGCCAUUUAGACACGCUGUUUUCCAGGCUCCAUUCUCUCAGCAGCCAUUGACAUUUGAUUAUUCACAGAAUCAUUAACUGCCAAUUAUGUGGGGAUUGCACAACCGAUUUACAUGCAGCAUCUCAUUAUACCUUUAGAGUUUUGUGCUACUAGUUGUACUGUUUUUAAGACUGUUAUAGGCCUCUCUGUUGCAGUAUUAUUUUGUUCCUUUUUCUGGUUUUUUUUUUUUUUUAAUUAGUUUGUUUCUUUUUCAUUUUGGAUAUUAUAUUAGUAAUGGAGUGUAAUGAUUUUACUCUUCAUCAGACUAAUACUUUUUGUAGUGGAAUCAUACUUUUUAGUUCGUGCUCU